UCGAUAGUAUCGAUAUUCUCCCAAGUUGUAGCAGGCGAUUUGCUUGUGCUCCGUUUCUCGUUUUGUUUUUGUAGGUUUUGACUGUUUUAUUUAUAGUUUUUCAAAGAAGUCGGCAAAAUUACCCAAUUAAAUUGUAAUUAUUAGUCAGGCGUACAAAUUAGAUGUGUGUGCUCCGUGCAAGUUCUAACAGCACCGCAGUGUCCCCCUGUUACAGUUACCAAUUGAAAAACCGAGAAAGAGAGAGCGAGAAAAAGUCCAAGAACAAGAAUUCGCCAAAGAAUAACCAAAGAAAUACCAGCUGCAAUUUCGCAUUGAUUUGCCCUUCCAUGCCAUCAAUUCACCAUUGGUAAUAUGUCGAGCCAUGUGGCGGGUGCUGCCAGUGAAGUCGGUGGCGCCCCAGAGCUUCAGCAGCAGCAGCAGCCGCCGCCAUCAUCCACGGAGGCCGCUGCUCCAACGGCAGCAGCGGCGUCAUCGGCUCAUGAGCAGGCACAGGGUCAAGGACAGGUGAAGACGCCUUCGACGCUGGAGGCCCGUCAUGCGGGCCACUCGCGGCGCACGGGCGGCGGCCAGGCGCCGUCGAAGAGCCAACCAGGCAACCAGGAGUACCAGUACUUCUUCGAGGACGAAGUAUUCCGCAUCGAUCGACGUGGCCGCGUCCAUUUCGGCGUGGUCACGGAGACGGCCGAGUCGUACUCGUCCGACGAGGACGAUGUGCCCGACGAGGUUCUAUCCAAGGGCGAGGUUCGCGUGGCCUUCUACCCAGACGGCAAGGAGAUGGUGCAAACGGAACAGUCGCUUGGACUGGCGGACAGAACCCUAAUGCCGGGCGAUGUGGUCCGUAGGCGUUUGCCCGGGCAGAAGGAUCUCACUGGUCAGGCGGGCUAUGUGCGGGACGUGAACGUGUGCGCUGAUGUCAAGGUGCUGGGUUCCAAAUAUAUCAUUAAAAACGUACCAGCCGAGCGGCUGCGUCCCAUCUCCGAGUGGACAAGGGAACUGGCCGUGUGUCUGGGCACCUGGAUAGGCACCACAGUUCACGUGGAUGAGAGUGCAGUCCUCAAAUCCGCUAAUGGCGCCCGUUUUGAAAUCACCUCAUUUGAUUUCCAUAAAUUCAAGGAUGCGGUGGGCUCUUGCACUACUCGUGACGUCUUCAAUCCCAAUGUCUAUUAUCGGGGCAACUUGGUGGUCGGUCGCUUGCCGCCCCCUAAUCGCGUCAAGAAUCUGACACCAGAUAUCGCUAUACCCACCAAUCGAAAGGGGCGCGCCGUGUACACCGUGGAAUCCAUUGACACCUCAUCCAUUACCGUGGCCUGGACAUGCAGGGCCAUCUCGCAGUUCGAAAAUGUCAAAGAAAUUGAUCCACUAAAACAUCCAAAAACCAUCAUAAAGGGCGAGGACUUAAGCAAGGUGAAACGCCUCAACAUUUACGAAUCCUAUAUGCUGCAAAUUCACGAUCGUUUCUACCUCAAGUAUUCAAAAUGUGAUAAACUAGUUAAAUACACUGACUGGGAGGAUGAGCAAGCGAUUAAAUACACCUCAAUUUUUAAUCGCCAUCAUAGGCCAGAUCUGAUAGAAAGCAAGCUGAACGUUUCGGGUAGUCCGACAGCAUCCAGCAGUAGCAAUACACGGAAUCUGCCCAAGUUCCGUCGCCUGGCCAGCAAGUUUGGUGGUAUGCGUAUGGCACGAUCAGCAUCUGACCAUGACUCCAACGCCAAUGCCAACACGUCACUUAAGGCUAGUGAGAAUGCAUCUGAAAUAAAGAAUCGGCCGGGUGGCAAUGAGGAGACCUGGGACUCGGUAGACGAUGAAGAGGAAGAGGAUGAGCAGGACGUUGCUGAGCCCCUGAACCCUCCGGCCUCCGAAAAACUAUCUGGCGGCGCUGAGGUAAACCCGUCGACCGCCGCUACUGUGAGUACUGCCUCCCAAACACCAAGAAUCACUAUGCGCUAUGCCAAGCGGCGGCAUAUGAAAAAGAAGCUUAAGAGUGUGAAGAAGCUGAUCACUUCGCCGUUCGUCAAGAAAGAGAUGAAUCCCAAGGAUGGCGAUGAAAUCGUGGUGGAGACGCUGGUCGUUUACAGCACGGUGACGGUUGUUUGGCAGGACGGGGUGGUCGAGGUUGGCAUUCAUUCCACAGAUCUGUAUCCGAUCCAUCAUCUGGAUAACCAUGAGUUCUUCCCGGGCGACUUUGUAAGUAAGGCUAACGAAAACAGCACCGGAACAACCGAUUACGGGGUUAUUCAAUGUGUGGACCACGACGAGCGCAUCGCCAAGGUUAAAUGGUUUAAUAUAUACACACAAAUAGAUAAUCCAAUUCCUUUGUACAAAGAGACGGAGGAGCUGAGCGUAUAUGAUCUGAAGGAUCAUUCCGACUACCAGUUCCGACCAGGCACCAUGGUCAUUCGCGUGUCCAACUUUACAGGCGAAGACGUCGAUUCAACUGCUGGCCAGGUGAUCGACAAUUAUCCCGACGGGCGUGUCCGUGUUUGGUGGGCCAUGGGCCACAUUACCAAGUGCUAUCCCCAGGAUCUCUUUGAGAUCAAUCACACCGAUCCGGAGGGCUACGAAUCGGAUCCAUCCGAUGACUCCUGGGAAACGCAAUCGGAAAACAGUCGUGUUGGUGUUUGUGUACACAUGACGUCGACGGAUAACGAGGAACUUAUAAGCGGCAUCAAUAAAGCAAUGGAGGCUAUGCACCUGCUAAACAGGGUAUUUCGCGGCCUGCCCGAAUGCCGCAAGCCGGAUGUGCUCAAUGACCUGGUGACCGUGUACUCAAAUUGCCGUUACCUUGACCAUAUGCUAAAGACCCACUUCUUCCAAGAGGACAUUUUUAAAGAUAUCCUCAAGUUGACCAACAAGUGCCCCGACUGCGCCGUGUCGGAACAUGAAGAAUCACCCGCGAAGAUUUGGUCUAACGUGCCCGCAACUCCAACUAAUAUUAACCCGGUUUUAUCUGUUGAUGCCCAGUCCUCAUCGACGCCAACAAAAAGGAAGUCGUCAACGGAAUUGGACGAGGUCCAGUGCAAAAAGAGCGUGGACGAGAUUAAUGAAGAGGAUUUACUCGGCGUUGGAUCGUGCGAACCGAACUCUCAGGAAGAGAAGGAAAUGUUCCCCAACCGGCUUAUUGAUAAAUAUCGCUGCGAAUACUCUAAAUUGCUGAACACUGCACAUGCCAGCAUUGCGAAAGCCUUUGAGAAUCGUGGCAAGAACGAUUCGGGCGUCCACUCGCGCGGGGAAAACAUCUCGGGCGAGGUAAACAAUCCUUGUAACGACGAGAAGGACAUGGGCGAGGAGAAUUUAGACGAAAAGGGAGCUCUGUGUGACUUCACUAUCGAACUGAUUGGUCAUCGAAAUCCUCGUGUCUGUGAAAUGUUUUGGCGUCGGAUCUUUGAUCAAAUGCGAAAGUGUCGUCAAUCACUUGAGGAUUCGUCCUCCAAGUCCAAACUGAACACCAAGGAUGAUGACGAAGAGGUAAGCGAUGCGGAAGAAGCGACUGAGGUCGCCGAUACAGAGGAGAUUUCCGACGAGACAGCAGCGGUUGAAGAAGCCAUGGAGCAGACGCUAAAUCUAAAUGUCCUGUCCGAGUCGCUGCCGUCUGUGGACAGUCCUAUGGCCUGUUCAUCGCCUUCGCUAGCCACAGUUUCCAAUCCCAGUCCACCCGUUUCCGACGAUUGCUUCCAAGUGCUGUCCAAUGCACCGCCGACACAUCACUUCUACGGCCACAUAAUAGCCCCCGCCAACAAGUCCUACUAUCAGCGCGCAGUGCAAAGGGAAUACCGCAUGCUGCAGGCCUCCCUGCCGCCCGGCGUGGUGGUACGUGCCUACGAGGAUCGCAUGGACCUAAUGUCGGUUAUGAUGGUGGGUCCGAAGCGUACGCCUUACCAGAACGCCCUCUUCUUCUUCGACUUUCAAAUGGGCCGCGACUACCCGAAGAACCCGCCCGUGUGUCAUUACCUCAGCUAUUGCACGGAGCGCCUCAAUCCGAACCUGUACGAGGAGGGCAAGGUUUGCGUGUCGCUGCUUGGAACGUGGUCUGGACGCGACACCGAGGUGUGGUCCCCUAGCAGCACCAUGCUGCAGGUGCUCGUCUCCAUACAGGGUCUCAUACUGGUCGAUGAGCCCUACUAUAAUGAGGCGGGCUACGAGAAACAAAGAGGCACCCAAUUGGGCAAUGAGAACUCUCGUGUCUACAACGAGAUGGCUAUCAUUAAGAUUGCCCGCUCCACGGUCAAACAGCUGAAGAAUCCACCGCCCAUUUUUCGCAACGAAUUAAUCGAACAUUUUAAGGAGUUUGGUGGCGAGCUGGUCGGACGCAUGCAAGCCUGGUCGGAGUACUCGGCGGAGGAGCAGCGUCAGAAGAUAAGCGAUAUCAAGGAUGUGAACGACGAGUUAAAGGCGCCCUGCGAGAUGCCAGAAUUUCCGCUCCUUCCCUGUAGCCGGGGCUUCUGUGUUGCGUUCAAGGGAGUGCUGGAUCAGCUGAGAAGUGAGCUGGCAGCUUUGGGGGCGGCUCCGGCGAAGAGUGAACAAAACGGCAUCGAGACGGCAGUUGCAGCGGCAACGGGAAUGGGAAUUGCGCCGCGUGCCGCUCCGGAGGAGGUCUGAGUGCCAUUCAUAACCGCCUGUGUCGAUGCCUGUGAAAUUGGUGCCUAUUCGAAGAACUCAAGACUUUUGCCGCCUUGGCAAAGGGCAGCAGCGUUUUAUACCCAAUCUUAAAUGCCGAAUUUUUCUCCACUCGAAUUGCUGGCACGAAGCCAGCCUGUUAGUUAAAUGAAUUUUCUAAAUUUAUUGCUUAUUAUUUUUUCAUGAAAAAAACAAAAUGAAAAAAAAAACAUGAAAACGAUAAUACGCUUCAUAUUUAUGGCGCUAGCAUGCACCCAAUGUAAUGUUAGUCAAUUUUAUUUAUUUUUAGUUGCCAGCGCAAAACAAGUUAAUCAAGCAUCUUUGUAUCUAGUGAAUUGUUCCGAUGUGUUUGCCCGUUACCUGGUCCGGUCUAACGAAUCUCUGUUUAUGCUAGCGCUGUUGCGCUAUAAUUGGCAUUCCACUAGAGCUUAGCUUAGUUAGUCUAUCCGUGCCCCUUCUGCUCAGUGUACGUAAUAGUGUAAGCUAGCCAAUGCGAUUAUGUGAAUAAAUUAGCAAUUUUAUUUAUUAUGCCUCCAA